GCUGGUGUGUACGCGCGCGCACGCCGCUGUGACAGGAAGUGUGUUCAUGAAGAACCUUCAGAACUUUCAGUACAACCUUUUCAUCCUAAAGUCAACUUCCGGUUUUUGGAGCUCGUGAGCGCGCACGGAGUGUGAACGCGCAUGUAAUGAUGAUAAUGAGCAUGAGGAACGCCCGUCACCGUCUUCCGGAACAAACUUGUGGCAGCGUUGAAGACUGAACAGGAAGUCCAGAAAGAGAGAGAGACAUAAGAAGACGCUGAGAGCGAGAGAGAGACUGUGUGUGGGAGGAAGCGAGGAAGUGUGUGUGUGUGUGUGUGUGUGUGUGUGUGUGUGUGUGUGUGUGCGUGGGGAGAGAUGACAGAGUUCUGGGUGUGCUUUAGCUGCUGUAUCGCCGAACAGCCGCAACCAAAGAGGAGAAGGCGGAUCGAUCGCUCGAUGAUCGGAGAGCCGACCAACUUUGUACAUAUGACACAUGUGGGAUCAGGAGAUAUGGGGAUGGGCCUGUCAGCGGUGAACUCUGUACAGGCACAGAUGAAAUCAAAAGGCGGUUAUGGGAACGGCACACCGGAGAGUGUUCAGUGAUCCGUGUGGACGCCAGUGUGUGUGACCUGCUGAACUGAAACAGUGAGGAUGAGGAGCAACGCUGGAUUUAAACUCAUAUAAAUAUAUAUAUAUAUAUAUAUAUAUAUAUAUACACACACACACACACACACACACACACACACACACACACACACACACUGAGUCAGAGCACUGGUCUACUGGUCUGUGAGACGCGUGUAUAUCUGCCUAAUCACACUGUUAGACGCUUUCAGCUUUCUGAUCAGAGUGUAAACGUUCACGCCCACGCUCGCCACUCCGACCAAUCAGCACCCGGCUUCCAUCGAAACCCCGCCCCCUUCUUUCAUCUUUCUUUCCACCUUUUUCUCUCUUUAACCAUGGACGCUUUAUUUAUUUGGUGAUUUGUCUCGGGGGUUAAAACAUGGUGGCUGGGCCACUGCACGCACACACACACACACACACACACACACACACACACACACUCAAGUUGAACCGAUGAGCGAGCGUGAGCAUUACAUUGAACACAAACAGACGUAAAUAACGAGCUUUUUUUUUUUCACGAUUUUAUAUCUUUGAUAUGAAUUUAUGAAUAUAUUCCGUGGGAUGUAGAAUAUGGAAUAUGGUUCUUUAUUUUUUUAAAGCUUUUUAAACGUGCUGUGUUCAUCCUGAACUUGACAUGUGCAACCUCACUGUAACGUCUUCCCACGAUGCUCUCCUUCACCACGUUAAAACAGCUGGAGGAGUUUUGUACAGAUGUUUUGAUGCCCAAAUAAAUGAUGCCAAGCAGCA